GCGCUGAUUGGCGGCGCAAGAUUCGAAUCAAGUCUAUCGAAUUUUGGCAGUUGACAGUAAAGAGGUUUUUUUAUUUCGACUAUUUAACUACACAUAAAACAUUAUCAAAUUCCUUUUAUUAAAACAACUUUUUAAAUCAAGGGGAAAUGUCCAGACAAGACAGUGACACGGAUUCAGAUGGAGGCAGGCAGAGAGCGUUUCCUAAAAUCAGCCUGCUGGUGAGCUCCGAGGAGUUUGAGGUGUCCAUCGCCAAGCAGAUGGCUCUGCUUGCUCUAAUCCAGAAGACAGGAUACAACAUGGUGCAGGAGAACGGGCAGAGGAAGUUUGGACCCCCGCCAGGCUGGGAAGGCCCUCCCCCUCCACGCGGCUGUGAGGUGUUUGUGGGGAAGAUUCCAAGAGAAAUAUAUGAAGAUGAACUUGUUCCUCUGUUUGAGAGAAGUGGAAAGAUCUUUGAGUUCAGACUGAUGAUGGAGUUCAGUGGGAAGAACCGCGGCUACGCCUUUGUCAUGUACACCGAUAGAGAGGCAGCUCAUAGAGCCAUCCAGAUGCUCAACAAUUAUGAGAUCCGUCCUGGGAAGUUUAUCGGCGUGUGCGUGAGCCGGGACAACUGUCGACUGUUUAUCGGAUCCAUCCCCAAAGACAAAAGUAGAGAUGAACUAAUGGAGGCGAUGAAAAAGGUGACAGAGGGAGCUGUGAAUGUAAUCAUGUAUCCCAACUCUACAGACAGGAACAGAAACAGAGGCUUUGCCUUCAUUGAGUAUGAAUCUCACAAAGCCGCAGCCCUGGCCCGAAGGAAGCUCAUACCCGGAACCUUCAAGCUGUGGGGUCAGAACAUCCAGGUGGACUGGGCUAAGCCCGAGAGGGAUGUCAACGAGGAGAUCAUGCAGCACAUCAGAGUCCUAUACGUGCGUAACCUGAUGAUAGGCACCACUGAAGAAACUCUCUGUAAGGUUUUCUCCAGCUUCAAUCCUGGCUGCGUGGAGCGCGUCAAAAAGCUCUCAGACUACGCCUUCGUCCACUACCACUGCCGCGAGGACGCCAUCGCUGCUCUGCAGCUCAUGAACGGAGCUGAGAUCGACGGCGCGACAGUGGAGGUGACUCUGGCCAAACCGGCUGGGAUCAAAGAGGGAAUCGCAGCUGGAAGGAAGUACACGAGCAGGGAAUUCACAGCAGGAAGCGGGAACGAGACCUUCGGUCCACAGCAGAACGAGGAAGGGAUGAUGGACAGGCCUGUGGAUGGGUACACUCUGCAGAGGACCGUGUCUCUGCCUUAUCUCCAGAGGACCUUCCACUCAGGACCAGCAGGAGAUGAGCUGGACAGAUGUGUGUUCCCUCUGUUACCCGGCACUCCCCUCUCCCCCACCAGCCUGCAGUUACUGAAGCAGAGUCAGAUCGUCUCUGCUGUCGGCCUCCUGGAACUGUACUGCCACAAAAACUUCUGGAGCCAGCCGGAGUACCACCUGUACUCCACACCUGGAAAGGAUGGGAGGCUCCUGCUCCUCUAUGAGGUGGUGAUCACAUCCACAAAGAGCACCUUCAUCCCAGACAAGCUGUGUGUGCUGCUGGAUGACGCCAAAGAGCUGGCUGCACAGACCGCCCUGUGGAACCUGGGCUCGUCCUUUCGGAGCAGAGUUUCCAGCAGCUCUUCAAGCAGCCCCUCUCCACCACUCACCCUCCCUCCCUGUGCCACCAGUCCUGGGGUCCUCACCUGCAUCAGCAGAGCCUUCCCUGGCUCCUGCCUUCCUCCUCCUCCUCCCCCCGCUUCCCCCUUUCCCCUCACCCCUCCUGUCUCCCAAAUGCAAAGGCUCUAUAUCAACUCUCGGUUGUCUUUCUACUGAUGGUGAGACACACUCACACUCUGAUCUGAGCAGUGGAUUUAAACAUUAUUUCUGGGCAGAGCGAUGAACGUGACCCUAUGAGCCAAUGAGUAAGCAGCUGCAAUAAAGGUUCACCGACCGAUUUAUUUGCUUUCUAAUACGUUCUGCUUGUAAAAGUCUCUUGGUUUCUCACAUUUAUACUGUUGUUGAGCAAAGUGGCAUAACCCCUGGAGAAAGCCCAGGGAGACCCCAUAUAAUCUCAAAGUACGAGGGACGGGGAAGGAAUCAAUGGGAAAGACACACUGGAAUUCAGAUUUUUUUGCAGAGAGAAUCUGAACCUCUGCAUCAACAAACUACAGCAAUAAGCCAAGACUGGUUUAGAACGUCAGGACUCUGUCUCCUCACCAGUUACAUAUGUAAUAUGUAAGCUACAUAUGGAAUAUAUGUAACUGGUUCAAGACCAGUAGCAUAUAUUAUAUAUGUAACUGGUCUCGAGUGAUAGAGAACUUGAUUGUUCUCACCAGCAAAUUGUCAGUCAGUUGUCAUCUCUUCAGAUCAUCUCACUUAUGCUUAAGAUGUGCUGAAAUACACGUAAAUAUGAAAACCAUCGCAUCCAUGGUGAACUCAUAGGUUUAGUCUGCCUGGGUUGACGAUUAGUGCUGUUUGUGAUUUGCCUAUUUGAAGGCUUAGAUCGGGGACGCCCACUCCUGGUCCUGGAGAGUCACUGUUAUUAUAGUUGUAUUGAAGCUGUCUUCAUUAUAGUCUAUAUUGGCAUAAAAUUGUUGGGUCAAACCUGUCACUAAUUCAGCCUUUCAUAAUAUUUUUCAAUAUGUUGUAUUAGUAGCCCUUUUUAGGCUUGUCCUUUUAUCACAUUUAGCCAAUGGCCUGUGAUGGGGUAGCGCUAGCAGGCAGGGAGGUGGGCUGUAUUAGUCUAGGGAAACUUGAGGGGUUGAGUUUAUCAGGAAUGUGUUCAAGGGUGCUUUAAGUAAAAUCUAUUGUGAGUCAAAUUAAAAUGUUUAGUGAAAAAGGUGUCCUACAGAGCAGGCAUCUAGUUUCUGAUGAGCUGCUCUGCUUCUACAUCACCUCUGAUUAAGUCUUUACACAUGUACAAAUGUAGCUGCUGGUGAAAGUAGUCAUAAUUAUAAGUCAGAAUUAUCCUUCCAGGUUGAUCUUUGACAAUGUUGAACCACCACUUAACCCUUUAGAAGUAAAUCACAAAUGUGAAAGUGUUCAGAGAUCGGGUUUAAAACGCACACACACACUAUAUCCAAUAAUAAAGCCGUCAGUCUUUGCCCUAAAUUAAUGAGUGAAGGUAGUUUGUUGUUUCUGUUGAUAAAUGGGAUGAAUGUUGACUCAUUUUAUGAUGUCUGACGUCAUCCCUUACAGAUGUAGUUUGUGUCAGACCUGGAGAGAAGAAUGACGGCUGCAUGUUUGUGUUUUUAUCAGAGGAGGAGAGAGAAGCAGCAGAAGCAGUGGCGUCUCUGUUUAUGUACGUGGCCAAGUCAAGUAUUUCACUCUUCCACUUUAAGAAGUGCUUCAGAUCGUUUCCUUUACGUUCAUGUCUUGCACUUUAGAUUUUUAUUGAAGGCUGAUUGAUGUUUGUGUUUUUCUCUUGGGUUGGUUUGUUCUGUGAUCCGUUUCCUUUCUGCUUCAGACACCAUGCACACGCUCAGUCUUUCACGCAUCCAUGCACUGCUCGCACUACUGACAGCCCCAUACUACACACUCAUAAAGUGGUUACUUUAAUUUGUUGAUCGUUUUAUAAUAAAUCAUAUUGACAUUUGA